CUGUACUUCACAAGGUCACAAAUUACAGUCCGCAGAGGAUCGCUUUAUUAGCUGCAACAUCUGACAGUCGCCAUGGAAGGAAAAUGCUGAAUGCAGAAGAGGUGGUCAAAAUAAAAGCAGCAGUGGCAGACAGCAAAGGAAUCCUGCAACACGCCUACUGCCGUAGCGACGGGACCCGAAACACCCGCAUGUGUGUGUGGAACCAUCCUGGCGAAGAUGUGACCGGAGUCUUGGUCAGAUCUCGGAGAAUUGCAUCCACUAUGGAAGAGUUGAUGGGAGGAGACGAAAUCUACCACUACCACAGCAAGAUGAUGAUGAAGGACGCUCGAACUGGGGGGUCAUUUGUCUGGCAUCAAGACUAUGGGUACUGGUACUUCAACGGGUGUCUUUAUCCGGAGAUGGGAUCAGUCUUCAUUCCGAUCGACGACUGCAUGCGGGCUAACGGCUGCCUCCAGGUGCUCGUUGGGUCCCACCAUAUGGGGCGAAUCGAUCACGUACAGGUCGGCACUCAGUUGGGGGCUGAGCCGGAAAGAGUUGAAGAGGCUAAAAAGCGCUUGAAGCACGUGUAUGUGGAAAUGGCAGCCGGGGACGUUCUGUUCUUUCAUUCGAAUCUACUGCACACUUCCGACGGGAAUGAUUCGGACAUGCGCCGUUGGGUCUUCAUCGUAGCCUUCAAUAAAAAGUCUAACAACCCGUAUGUGGAACACCACCAUCCACAAUACACUCCCAUGAAAAAGCUUGAUGAUUCUGAACUGAUGAAGUGCCAGGUGGUGGAGAAUUUGGAAGGGAAAUGGUUCAUGCAUCCUGAUGAAGACGUCUCCUACAAAGGCGGCCGAAGGUUCCACUAAUCUGAAGCAGGCGCCAUUUGAGAUGAACAGCAAAAGGGCGCCAUUCGGACCUCGACGAUCCUUGAAAUAGAUUUACUGCUCUCUCAACAUUAUUUCUCUUUUGUUGUUCUUAAAGCAAAUGGAAUGAGAUUGAAGAUGAAGUAGAAUACGGCUCAACGGAUAUCUAGAGUCGCGUUUAAUUCACUGCAAUUGUAAAUGGAAUGAACUAUAGUAUAUUCACAUCAACCGUUCUUUCGAUGUCUAAGUCAGUCCCUUAAGACGCUCCUGAUUGGCUGUUGAUAAGCCAAAUCGCAGGGCUGGAAACUCUCAGUCUCUCUCGAGAGUUCACACGGGUAGGAUCUAUGUCUUUUAAAAGUACCCCUCAGGAGAGGUGGAACAUACAUUCCAGCCAGGUAAUUGGCUUAUCAACAGCCAAUCAGGAGCGUCGUAAGGAACAGGCUUAGACAUCAAAUGCACGGUUGAUAUGAAUCUACUAUAGCCAGAAAGGCUUCCUUUAUAUACAU